AUGUACCUCAAGAAGCACAGCCUCCCGCUUGCUCCUAUUAAGAGGAUUAUGAAAGCGGAUAACGAUAUUAGGAUGAUCGCGCAGGAAGCUAAUUUACCGUUAUUUGCUAAAACAUGUGAGAUGUUCAUAGUUGAUAUGACAUCACAAGCCUGGAUUGUCACAGAAGAGGACAAGAGAAGGACUGUCCAGAAAAAUGAUAUCGUUGAAGCAGUUUUGAAAACAAAUAUGUUUGAUUUUCUUGACAACAUAAUUCCAAGACAUGAAUUGAAGGAAAGAAUUCUCAAAGCCAAAAAUGCGAGACAACGGGCAAGUUCAUCUACUGAUAGUGGAACUCAUGGCAACAAUGCAUCAAAUGUGACAGGAGCAAUUCAGCAGAUCCCGGACCAGCAUCUGUCAUUUAUUCCCUGGCGACAAACUCAGCACCAUCUGGACCAGCAGCCGUCGUUAUUUCCCUGGCCACAGACUCCGCAGAUCCCGGAACAGCAUAUGUCAUUUAAUUUCUGGCCACAAGCUCAGCAGCUUCUGGACCAGCAGACCCCGGAGCAGACUCUUAUUUCUUGUACUCAAGCUGAGAACACUACUGACCAGCAUACCUCACAGCACUUUCCUGUAUCUUGUAUUCUACCUGAGCAGAGUCCGGGACAGCAAAAUUUAGAGCAGUCAUCGCUUCAAGCUGAGCAGCAGCAGGACCAGCAGAAUUAG